UUGAAUGAGUGAUUAUGGUUUUGUCUUUUUACUGUGCUUUUAAUGUUGUUGUUUUUUAGAUUUGUUGUGUUUUUUAAAAGAAAAAAGGAUACAUUUACGGUUGAUCAAUUCACAACGGUUUUGUUUUCCAUGAAUUAAAAUUGUUGCAUAUUUCGUAAAUUAGUAUCCUACAGGAUGACAUUUGGUAACUGAAAUAUUUCGUACACGUUGAACUUAUUUUAGGUAUUUUAAAACAAAUAACUUUAGGUCGCCUAAUUAUUUUUAAUUUACAAGUUUUUAGGAUCGUGGUGUUAGGAUUGGGCUUGAAAUGAUAGCAGACAACUGAAAGAACAAGUGGUAGUAAGAUAGUAAUUGAAGUGUGAUGGUAACUGAAAUAUUUUGAUAGAAUAAAAUAAACAGGUUGUUUCACGCAACAAUAGCAUCGAUUAAAGGCAAAUUCGCCUAUAAGUACUAAAUAAUACACAAUUUUUAUGUUGUUACGCGAUGUGAUGUUGCAGUGGUUAUAUAAGGUUGCCAUAAUUUAUGCUGUAUUUAUUAUUUAUAGUCAAAGUGUUUACAUGCAGUACAACGAACUAGAGCAUGUGGUUUUUUUAAUGACCAAACACGUUAAAGAAAUCCUAUUUAAAUUUGAGCUUCUUCACACUGGCAAUACUUUCUCUAUAUUACAGCUCUGCACAUUUUUUAAACCAAAUUCAUGAGGUGUUUCCUGGAUUGUCUUCAAACAUCAUGAAAGGAGAUUCAAGAUGGGUCCUUGUUGGCUGCCUUUUUUAUUAUGUGCUGUAACGCAUCCGUUAUGUAAGCAUUGAGACCUAUUUUUGUCAUAAAAAUUACAUAUGUUUUAAUUAUUUCGGUAAAAGUAUGUUGAUACAAAGUGCGCUGUUAUUAGAUAUGGUUCUUUAAAGUAUUUUUAUGUAAUCUUCCUGUGGUGCUCUAAGUGCCGCUGUUGGUUAGUUUUUAACGUUGUUUUAGACCCUCCUUCGUUUUCUGACGUUAUACAGUCUGCAGAAUAUCCCUUUCAUUUCAGACGGUCUCUUUCUACUACUGCACGCUUGAGAUAGUCGGUGCUUAUAUUUUUGGACGAAGCUUUAUGGUUUCCACUUUUCUGAUUGUAACCUUACUUCUGGAGUGUGAUAGAUUAUUCGAAAAAUGUUUAGUCUUUGUUCUUUUAAUUCCCGAAGACGCGCAUCUUCGACAUGGAUUGCAUCAUGGCUAAUGCAGCAUCUGGUGCUGUGCGUCUUUGUCAUGGCCGUUGCGCACGGGCAGGUCCGUUAUUCUAUUCCAGAGGAGAUGACAAAAGGUUCGCUGGUAGGAAAUAUCGUUCAGGAUCUUGGUUUGGAUGUUAAGAGACUGAAGUCUGGUCGAGCGCGGAUCUUUACGGAGGACAGUCGUGAGUACAUCGGUCUGAAUGUGGAUAAAGGAACUCUGAUAGUGAAAGAGCGGAUAGAUAGAGAGGAGCUGUGCGCGCAAGUAUCUCCCUGCUCCUUACAUUUUCAGAUUAUUCUAGAAAACCCGAUGGAGCUACACAGAAUCGAUGUAGAAAUAUUAGAUAUCAAUGAUAAUUCGCCUCUAUUCACAAAGAAAGAGAUUCAUUUUCAGAUAAGCGAAUUGGCCAUUCCUGGAGCUCGAUACUCUUUGGAAAGCGCUAAAGAUCCGGAUGUAGGUUUACAUUCACUCCAGACGUAUAAACUAAAUCCAAACGACAAUUUUAUGCUUAAAACAUUGUCUCACAUCGACGGUACAAAAUAUGUGGAAAUGGUCUUGCAAAGACCAUUAGACAGAGAAAAACAGGCGGAAUAUAAUCUGAUUUUAACGGCCUUUGAUGGUGGAACCCCCCCAAAAACUGGUACUUUAAAGAUUAAUGUUAUAGUUUUAGAUGCAAAUGACAACGCACCUAUAUUUACCCAGUCUGUAUAUACCGCACUUGUCGCUGAGAACGCAGCAAAGGGUUCAGUGGUCUUACAGCUUAGUGCAACUGACGCAGAUCAGGGAACAAAUAAAGACGUGACGUAUUCAUUCUCGGAAAGCAGUAGUAGUGUCAUUGAUAUUUUUACAAUUGAUCCAACCAGUGGUGAUAUAAUAGUCACUGGUAUUCUAGACUUCGAAAAAAACAAGAAAUAUGAAUUGAAUGUGGUAGCGACAGACCGUGGUGGUUUAACAGAUACUGCUAAAGUGAUGGUGGAAAUUACAGAUGUAAAUGAUAAUGCUCCUGUAAUUAAUUUAAUUUCGUUCUCUAGCCCUCUACCGGAAAAUUCAGCCCCAGAGACAGUAAUAGCGAUGCUGAAUGUCAAAGACUUAGAUUCGGGGAAAAAUGGACAGGUGAGAUGUUUAAUAAAUCCUAGUUUGCCUUUCCGAAUCAGACAAUCAGCCUCAAAUUUCUACACGUUGGUUACUGAUGAGCUUUUAGAUCGUGAGAAAAUAUCUGAAUAUAACAUAACAAUUACUGCUACUGAUGAAGGCUCGCCCUCUUUCUCUACUAAUAAAACUUUAAAUCUUAAAAUCUCUGAUGUCAAUGACAACGCCCCUGUUUUUCAGCGUCAGUCUUACACCGCAUAUGUGAUGGAAAAUAAUUCACCCGGAUUCUCAGUUUUAUCUGUUAAAGCGCAUGACAAAGACUCUGGUAAUAAUGCGCGCAUUUCAUAUUUUCUAGAGGAUAUUCUUGUGAAUGGCGUUUCUGCUUCGACGUAUGUUUCAGUGAAUGCAGAGAGCGGAGAAAUUAUCGCUGUUCGUUCUUUCGAUUAUGAGCAAACAAAAGAAUUUAACAUCCGCGUAAAAGCGCAAGACGGUGGAAACCCUUCUCUGAGCAGCAACGUGAGCGUGAAAAUAAUAAUUCAGGAUCAGAAUGACAACGCGCCUCAGGUUCUGUAUCCGGUCCAGUCUGGUGGUUCUGUGGUGGCUGAAAUAGUGCCUCGUUCGGCAGAUGUGGGUUAUCUGGUCACUAAAGUGGUCGCUGUUGAUGUGGACUCUGGACAGAAUGCCUGGCUCUCAUAUAAACUGCAGAAAGCCACAGACAGGGCGCUGUUUGAAGUGGGUUUACAGAAUGGAGAAAUAAGAACUGUGCGCCAGGUGACAGAUAAAGAUGCUGUGAAACAAAGACUCGCUGUUGUAGUGGAGGACAACGGACAGCCCUCUCGUUCAGCUACAGUCAAUGUUAACGUGGCGCUGGCGGACAGCUUCCCUGAAGUGCUCUCGGAGUUCACUGACUUUACGCACGACAAGGAAUACAACGACAACCUGACUUUUUAUCUAGUCUUGGCUCUGGCUGUAGUUUCGUUUCUCUUUAUCGUGUCUAUCAUCGCCAUACUGUCAGUCAAGUGCUACAGAUGGAGACGCGAGAGGAUGUUUUACAAAUCUGGAGCGAAUCUUCCAGUCAUUCCAUAUUAUCCACCCCUUUACGCAGACGUAGGGGGCACAGGAACAUUACAGCACGUGUACAAUUAA